AUGCUUCUUACGCAUAGAUUGGCCGUUUUCUUGCCAGUGUGGCUCUUCUUGUCCGAGGUUGGUGCAAAAGUACCUCGGGUCGCUCAUCCAGGUUCCAAACAAGCCAAAUACCUCGCUUCUAAGAGGCCCCCAACAACUACCGCUCAAGUCUCUGGAAGUUUUACUGGAGCUGGAUGGUCUGCCUCUGCUCCCGAAGUCUCUGCCCCCUACACGAACGUCUGGCAAGAGCUAAGCAACGAUGAAGCAGCGGAUGUCAUCGCUUUCUUGCAUAACCAGACGGAUCUCAAUUUGACCGCGGCAGCAGAUGCUGGAAGUUGGGAUAAUAGCAUCAUGCGGGUAGAAAUUUUGACCCCGAACAAGACGGACGUCCUGCCGUUCGUUGAUAAUAACCAGCCUGAACCUGGACGAUGGGCUCGGGCCGCUAUAUGGGUUGGUGCGACGAUAGAACCAUACGUCAUUGAGUAUCAAAUUGGCCCACUUCCCAUUUCCAGUGACUCGGUCCUGACAUCUCUCGACUGGCUCACGACAAAAGGGACAACUUACCAGCGAAACUAUGAUGCAGAUGAAGAUCUUACAUCCGAAUUCAUGUACAAUGUCAGCUCUUCAGUACAGGAUAUAGUAACAGACCUUUUGAACGGUACUGCCUCGGGUAGCGACGAUGAUGACCUCGACAUCUGGGGCAUCGAUCCACUAUGGCAUCCGACCCCCGACACGACUGUGCAAUGGGUUACAUUCUGGCGCAUACCUUCGUCCAUCUUCGACGGCGAAACUUUGAUGCCUCAAGGUCUCUACUUUGAAGUGAAUACUACCGGCAGAGACCCUUCCGGAUGGUCGGUCAUUGGCUGGCUUUAUAGAGACGUUUACUAUAAUUCGACCGAGUCUUUUCGUGCUGCCUGGGAGGCAGGGGAACUCGAAAAAAGUACACUCAAUUUAGAGGGACCUUGGAUUGGUAGUGAUUAUCGGGGACCCACGACAAAAGUUGGUGAGAAUAGCACAAUGUGGGCCAGUGAAAAGGCACCUCCGGUCAUGGUUCCGCCCUCUGGUGAGGAUGGAAUCAGGUAUAAGGUCGAUGUCGAUAAUAAGUACGUCGAAUGGAUGGACUUUUCCUUCUAUGUGGCUUUCCGCCGAGACUCUGGCGUGAGGCUCUUUGAUAUCAGAUAUCGUGGCGAGCGUAUCGUUUAUGAACUUGGUCUAGAUGAGGCUCUCGCGCAUUACGCCGGUAAUGACCCUGUACAGAGCGGAACUGCUUACUUGGAUACUUAUUAUGGUUUCGGACCUUAUGCCUUCGAGCUACUUGCUGGUUAUGACUGUCCCACUUAUGCGACGUUCUUGAACUCCACCUUCCACGCUGACGAAGUCAGCACAACGCAUCCAAAUUCAAUCUGUCUCUUCGAAAAUGAUCAAGGCUACCUUAUUCAACGCCAUUCGGAUGAUGCCUACGUCGCUUCGACAAAAAACAUUGCGUUCACAGUCCGUUCCGCAAGCACUGUGGGAAACUACGAUUAUAACUUUGAUUACACUUUCUACCUCGAUGGUACCAUCGAGAUCGUCGUCCGUGCGAGUGGUUACAUACAGUCCGCUCACUAUUACGGCAAUGACGACUAUGGUUAUCACAUUCACAGCGGUCUUUCUGGAUCCAUGCACGACCACGUCCUUACUUUCAAGGCCGAUAUCGACAUCCUUGGAACCUCCAAUUCCUUCGCUAAUCACACAGUCGCCCCAGUAACUGCCUCCUAUCCAUGGUCUCAUGGUAUGGAACGAAGCACCAUGAAACUUUUCCGCUCCUACCUGGACAACGAAGACAAUGCCAAACUUUUCUGGCCCGGAAAUGCCCACUCUAUGUUCAUGGUCGUGAACAAGGACGCUCCAAACGAAUUUGGCGAACCCCGCGGAUACAGGAUUAUGCCGUCGAAGGGUAGUGGUAUGCACGCCACCAUCCAAAAUUCCAGCAAUCUUCUGAACAGUAUGAACUUUGCCACUCAUGCGUUGUAUGUGACCAAACAAAAGGACACUGAACCUCGCGCGUCCAAUGCCAACAAUGACUAUGACACGGCGAACCCUGUCGUAGACUUUGCCGCCUUCUUUGACGGGGAGUCACUCGACCAGGAGGAUCUCGUCGUAUGGUUCAACCUAGGCAUGCAUCACGUCCCACAUACGGGUGACUUGCCGAAUACAGUGUUCACGACCGCACAGGGAUCUAUGUUAAUCCUGCCUCAUAACUAUCUUCUGCACGAUCCGUCUAGGGACUCACGUCAGACCGUUCGCAUCGACUACAAUGACAGUGGCGUACAGGCCGUCCAUACCUUUGGUGCGGACUUUUCCAACGGUUUGGUAAAUUUGUCUUCCGUUGUGCCAGAUUUCUGGGCUUACCGCGGUGACAUUGAUGUCAGGAAGUUCCCCUACGAUCCUCAGCACCCAUACAAUGACACCGAAUCAAUCGUAUAG